AUGGUCCCCAAUGAAGUCCAUCAAUAUAUUGGAAUAAUCCGGUUACUUCAGCAUUUUGGAUGGAUCUGGAUUGGACUCUUUAUUGUGAAGGAUGAUAGUGGAGAACAUUUCUUGGGCAUCCUGGAGUCCUUGCUUUCACAGAAUGGGAUCUGUUCAGCUUUCACAGAAAGGAUUCCACAACAUGCUCAGUUGGAUGAUGUAGGCGAAGUUUUUGAUACCAUCUCAAGAAUAUAUUUAUCUAUUAGAGAUAAUAAAACUAAUGUUUUUGUUACUUAUGGAGACUCUAUAACCAUUAACUGGCUGAGGGCUCUGAUGCUUCAAGCAGACACUGAUGAGAUCAGAACUGUAUUUGGAAAGGUGUGGAUCAUGACUUCUCAGCUUGAUUUCAUAUCCACAGGCAUGACAAGGGCCUGGAGUUUUAACCUAUUGCAAGGUGCACUUUCCCUCACAAUACACUCAACAGAUAUUCCUGGGUUCAAGGAAUUUCUUCAGAAGGUGAAACCAAACUGGAACCAAGGAGAUGGUUUCAGCAAAAUUUUCUGGGAGCAGGUCUUUGAUUGUUUCUUCCCAGAUCUGGAAAUACUGAUGGAAGUUGCUGAAACAUGCACUAGUGAGGAGAAGCUGGAAAGCCUUCCUGCAACUCUUUUUGAAAUGAACAUGACUGGACACAGCUACAGUAUCUAUAAUGCUGUCUAUGCCUUGGCUCAUGCUUUGCAAGCUCUUUACUCAUUGAAAUCCAAAAACAGAGGAAUUCCAAGAGGUAAAAGUAAUGGACCCCAGACUCUCCAGCCUUGGCAGCUCCAUCAUUUUCUUCAAGGCAUGUCAUUCAACAACUCAGCUGGAAAAACAGUGUCUUUUGAUGAUGAUAGGGAAAUAGUAGGCGGAUUUGACAUAACGAACAUAAUCAUGUUCCAUAAUAACUCCUUCCAGAGAGUGAAAGUUGGACAUGUGGCUCUGAAGAGUACUGGGGAAGAAGAAUUCAUCAUUAAGGAGGACUUGAUUGUAUGGCCUGGGCAUUUUAACCAGGUAGUUCCCAUUUCUCAGUGUAAUGGACACUGUUACCCAGGCCACCAGAAGAAAAAGAAAGAAGGAGAAAAGUUUUGCUGCUAUGAUUGCAUUUCAUGUCCGGAAGGGGAGAUUUCAAACCAAACUGAUAUGGAUGACUGUUUCAGAUGCCCAGAAGAUCACUAUCCAAGCAAUGACAGAGACACAUGUAUCCCCAAAAAUAUUAGUUUCUUGUCUUAUAAAGAUCCCUUAGGGAUCGGUUUAUCUGCAGUCACGGUUUCUUUUGUCCUCAUCACAGCAUUAGUACUACAAAUAUUUAUUAAGCACAAAGAUACGCCAAUAGUCAAAGCCAACAACCGGAAUCUCACCUACAUUCUUCUCAUCUCCCUCCUGCUGUGCUUCCUCUCUCCUUUUUUGUUCCUUGGCCAACCAGAAGAAGUACCCUGCCUUCUCAGGCAAACAACUUUUGCCAUCCUCUUCUCAGUGGCUGUGUCAUGCGUGUUGGCAAAAACCAUGAUUGUUUCUUUGGCAUUCCUAGCCACAAAGCCUGGAUCUUGGAUGAACAAUUGGGCAGGAAGAAGAUUGCCUUAUUCCAUUGCCGUUACUUGUUGCCUUAUUCAAGCAAGCAUUUGUAUAGCAUGGCUGGCAACCUCCCCUCCAUUCCCUGAUUUGGACAUGCACUCUGGAAAUAAGGAAAUCAUCCUGCAGUGCAACGAAGGGUCUGUCACCAUGUUUUACUGUGUCUUGAGCUACAUGGGCUUCUUGGCUCUUGCCAGCUUCACUGUAGCAUUCCUGGUUCGCAAGUUACCUGAUAGUUUUAAUGAAGCUAAGUUUAUUACAUUCAGCAUGCUGGCCUUUUGUAGUGUUUGGAUUGCCUUUGUCCCCACUUACCUAAGUGCAACUGGGAAAGCCAUGGUGGCUGUGGAGAUCUUCAGUAUCUUAACCUCUGGUGCUAGUUUACUCAGCUGUAUCUUCUUCCCUAAAUGCUAUAUCAUUCUGGUGAGGUCUGACCUGAACAACAGGAAGCAACUCAUAAGGAGAAAGGUUUAG